GAGCGAAGCCGCCACAGAUGCCUCAAGACCAAAUGCGAGGCUGGGAAGAGAGCAGCGCGCUGACCUCCGCCCAGCGACGUUUCCAGCGAGCUCUUUUGCCCAAGCCCUCGAGCAUUGGGCGGUUCAAGCUGGUGCCAAGACCACAGCACUUCGAGGCUUUGCAUUCUCAAGCUCAGCCCGGCCCACUGCAAAGUGCAAACGCCUCCCUGUGGUGGUGGGCAACGAAGCAGCCCACACUGGAAGCCGGUGGUGAAGAAAGGGCAGCUUUGGAUGCCUUCGAAGCCGCCCUUGGUGUGUCCCCCGCUGUGCUGGGCACGAUUCCCAUCCCUGUGGGCUCGGUGGUGGUCUCUGUUCAGGACAGCCUUCGCUCGGCACGGCAGUCCUGCGCUGAGCUUGUCGGCUAUAAGCUCCUGAACCAUGUUGGUCUUGAGCUGCAGGAGGACUGCCACACCACAGAGUGGCAUUUCGUGCUCCGGUGGCGUGGGCGCACCGCAGUUUGUGCGACGAGGCCGGAAGGCGCCUUCCGGUUCGCUGCCACUCUCCAGCAGAUGCAAUUUCAAGGAGCAAAGUUCUCCAGCGAUGGAAGUCCAUCCAAUUUUCUCUUGGAGGACUGGCCGCACCACUGCUGGCGAGGACUCCACCUCGACGCGGUACGGAACUGGAUGCCGGUGCCUUUUGUCAAGCAGUACAUCAAGGCCAUGGCAACCUACAAGGCCAAAUUUUUCCAUUGGCAUCUUACAGAUGACCAAGCAUGGAGACUGUAUCUCCCGAGCCGACCAAAGCUUGUCGAAGCACAAAGGGCGACUUCUCCGGAAUUUGACAGUCAGGACGACGUGAGA